AUGAGCCGACUACCAUCACCUUUUCUGAGGGUUGUACCUUUGGCCACAAUGGUAGCGGAAGGUGUACACGGGCGAGUGCCGAGUGGUUUUGUUGAGUUAAUCAUAGACAACACCAGCAGACGUCUUUGUAUGUUUGACGCUGAUUCGGUGAUAAUUCGUCGGUCUUUUUCUUUAGAUGCAGAUGAUAUAACAAUACAAGGAAAUACUAUCAGCGGUCGUUCCAGCCGCAGCAGCAGCAGCAGCAGCAGCAGUCGUAGCAGCAGCAGCAGCAGCAGCAGCAGCAGCAGGAGCUCAUUUAUAAUUCAUCAAGGACGUAUACAAGAAGUAUCUUUAUUAACAUCUGUUGGUCGUUUGUCUCUUCUUGCUGCUGGCUGCUGCAACUUUAUUGAGGAAAAAGCUAAGGAGACGGAGCUCCUGCUGCAGCAUGGUUUGGUGUAUGCAGAGGAGGAACUAGAGAAGAAACUACGCCCUGAAUAUGCUGCUGCUGUUUCUGUUUAUUCUGCUGCUCAGCAGCAGCAUGCGCAGCUACAAGAAUUAAAGGAAGAGGCAGACACAGAAGGAAAUAAAGCAGCAGCAGCAGCAGCAGAUGCAGCAGCAGCAGCAAAAACCAUGGAGGAAGCAUCAACAGAGAUAGCUAAACUUAAAACGCCUCUAGAAGAAAUAGUAGAGGAAGUGCGGCAGCAGCAAGCAGUGCUGUCUAGUUUGCUGCAGCAGCGAACUGCAGCAGCAGCAGAUGUAGAGGCGGAGUAUAUAAAUGCUAUUGAGGCAAUAGGAGGGUUUUGUUUAUUUCAAUUUGUUGUUGAGGAUGCAGCAACAGCAUUAGAGGCAAUUGCUCGUCUUAAGCAGCAGCAGCAGCAGCAGCAGCAGCAGCAGCAGAAGCAGCAGAAGCAGCAGCAGCAGCAGGAGAAUGGUGGUUUGCUGCUGCAGCGCCGCUGCUGCAUAUCUAUUGUACCUCUUAAGGAAGUUAUGCAGCAGCAGCAGCAGCAGCAGCAAAAAAGGCAGCAAAGACUGCAGCAAAUGCAGCAGCAAGCACAGCAACUUCUUGAUGAAGGAGCAGCAAUGCCACUCACUGAUUGUAUAGAGAUACUGCAGCAGGAAGCAGGAGCGCAUGCAGCAGCAAUUGAGGUGUAUAUACACUCAAUAUUUAAUUUUUCUCUUCUUGUUCCUUCUAUUCAUUCACAAGAAGUAAAUAUAUUAAAUAAUAUUGAUCUUAGUGGUUGUGUUUCCUUUGCUAAUGGCGUCAUAAGAGGAGGAGGAAAUAAAUAUAAUAAAUUAACCUCUUUUUUUAGCCUUCGUAAUGCCCUAAAGAAAGAAAAAGAAAUUAAUAAAAAUCAUGAGCAGCAGCAGCAAACACUUGCAGCACUGCAGCAGCGUGCUGCUCUUUCCUUAGCUGCUGCUAUUAAGGAAGAAGAACAAACAAUAGCAACAAGAACAGCAGCAAGAAAACAACUUAUGCAAUCGUUGCGGCACGAAGCCCUGCAAGCGCAGCAAACGCCAUUGACAGCAACGGAGCAGCAGCUGCUGCAGCAGUUACCGCAGCAGCUGCAGCAGCAGCAGCAGCUGCUGCAGCAGCUGCUGCAGCGGGUAGAGGCAGCAGCAAGCGCAAUUAGCGAGGCAGAAGAAACCCUCGAGGUUUCCCUAAGAAGAGGAGUAGAUCGCCUGGAGAGGGAGGCGAGGGAGGAGGAAGGCGAGGGUUUAGGGUUUAGGGUUUGUGACCGGGUUGAUGCCGAAGCAACUGCCCUUCAGAAGACUCGACAGCAGCACGAAGACACAGCGGCGGAGAUUGAGACUGCCAUAAGAGGCCUCGAGAGCAAGGUUGCUGCUGCUCGUGAGCAGCAGGCAGCAGCAGAUAUUUCUUUGCAUGCUGCUGCUGCUCGUCUUAUAGAGGAAACAUCUUUGCUGCAGCAAUGGCAGCUAGAGGAGGAAGCAAAAAGACGUCUACAGGCAGAUCUUGCUUCUCUCCUUGCUGCUGCUUCUGCUGCUGCUGGAGGAGGAACUGCAGCAGGAACAGCAGCAGCAGCAGCAACUGCAGCAGGUGCUGCUUCUUCAGAAAGUCGCGAAGUGCUGCGCAGCAAAUUGGAGGCCGUUAAGGAAGAGUUAGUAGAGGACCCAACAGAUAUAUCUGUAGAGUAUGGAGGGAAGCCAAGAGGAGUAGAGAUGCAAAUAAAUUUUAAUGCAGCAGCAGCAGACAAUCAUGAGCAUCUACCUGUACAAAGGUUAUCAGGAGGGCAGAAAACAGUAGCAGCAGCUGCGUUGCUGCUAGCGCAGCAGCUAGCAAGCAGCAGCAGCAUCAGCAGCAGCAGCAGCAGCGGGGGAGGAGAAGGUUUGCUGCUGCUAGAUGAGCCUGAUGCUGCACUAGAUGGACAAUUUGCACAAAGACUUUCUGCUGCACUUAAGACAGCAGCAGCAGAACUUAAAUGCCAAGUUGUACUCACCACACUACGGAAGGAGCUACUGAGUUGCGGGGAUAAAUUUUGGUUAGUGCAGCAAAUAGAAAGAUCAUCAAGGCCAAGAGAAAUAACUAAAGAAGAAGCAGCAGAGUUGCUGCUAGAUCUGCCGCAGCAGCAGCAGCAGCAGCAGCAGCAGCAACUCAUGCUGCUACCACCUACAGCUAUGCCUGAGGCUGUACCCUCUAUGGGGUAG